AUGCCGAGCAAUACUUAUCAUCAUCGGCCAAGAGAACGGCAUCAGCUGCCAGGAAGACGGUUUCCGGAAAGGUAAGUCUGGCAAAAACGCCAAAUUCAAGCGAAAUGUUAUCAUUUUAAACUGUUACUAGGUGGAACGCGUACGACAACGUUGGACGAGACAUCGAAGGAACACGCUUUGUUCCGUUUAAAACGCCGCUGGACAGUUCGUUCUUUGAUGGAAAGGACAUGCCAGAGGAGUUGCAGUUCGGGGUGAAAUCCCUGAUGGAAAUGGCGAGACGAGUGGAGAAACAAAUCGGUCUGGUGAUUGAUCUCACGAAUACGGAUAAAUACUACAAAAAGACAGAAUGGAAAGAUUACGGAGUUGAAUAUGUGUAAGUGAUCCAUUUUGUGCGCGCCGAAGAACCUCUUCCUUCGCCUUUUCAGAAAGCUUAACUGCCCAGGCCAUGAAGUCAACGAAAGAGAAGAUCUUGUUCAAGAGUUCAUUAGAAUUGUGAAAGAGUACAUUGAAAACUCAGAAAAUGGUUUGUAUUUGUUGAAAACUAAUUUGAGAGAUCCUUUUUUGAGAUGGGAAACUCGUUGGAGUUCACUGCACUCACGGACUCAACAGAACCGGCUACCUGAUCUGCCGUUAUAUGAUCGACAUCGACAACUACAAUGCGGCCGAUGCCAUAUCAAGUAAGUCCUAGCUUCUGGGUGCUUGACAAUUCCAACUUUUCCAGGGUUCGAAUAUUACCGUGGCCAUCCGAUCGAGAGACCGGCGUACAAGCAGUCGUUGUAUGAGGCGGAACUCAGGAAAAAGAAUCUGCCUAUAGAAUACGAAGAGCCGGAAGACGAAGAGAAAGAUGAAGAAGAAGAAGAAGACGACGCCAAAUAA